AUGGCACGGACGCUCUGCUCAAACGGCUCAACGGGAAACUUCUUGUGCGCCACGGGAGACUGCGAAUCAGGCAAGAUCGAGUGUCCUGGCCGCCAAUACAGUUGGUCGCCGGUGACUUAUCUCUACUUUAGAAUCGAUAUCGGCGGAGUCAGCAGCUACUUCAUCAGCCUCGAGUACGGUUACAACCUUCCCAUAAAGGUGGUCCCCUCACAGACUAGUCCGACAUGUUUUAGCUCUGGUUGUAUGGUUGACUUGAAGGAGACAUGUCCGGAAGAUCUUGAUCUAUUCGACGGUGGGAAACAAAUCGGCUGCGUUAGCGCGUGCCGAAGAUACGACACACCGGAGAUUUGUUGCAGCCAAGAGUUCAAGACAAAGCAAAAAUGCAAGCCGACGAUGUACACUCGGAACUUCGAGCGCGCUUGCCCUUUCGUCUAUAGCUACCCCUACCACGAUUUUACCAGCACAUGGACUUGUCCUACCUCGACUGAUUUCGUUGUCACGUUUUGCCCCUCGUCCGUUCCAAAUAACACCAGGAUCUCGAUGGGUCUGGAAGCAGGACCAAAACAUAAUUCUUCACAGAAGAGGCUUAGCCGCUUUAGUUGUGUUAAUCAUUAUCAUUGUGAUUGCGGUAAUGGUGAGAGCAAAGAAUGCGAGAAGAAAGAGUGA